AUGGCGAGCACGUCGGCGGAGAUCAUCGCCUUCCUGCUGACCAUCUCGGGCUGGGUGCUGGUGUCCUCCACGCUGCCCACCGACUACUGGAAGGUGUCCACCAUCGACGGCACGGUCAUCACCACCGCCACCUUCUGGGCCAACCUCUGGAAGACCUGCGUGACCGACUCCACCGGCGUCUCCAACUGCAAGGACUUCCCAUCCAUGCUGGCGCUGGACGGUUACAUCCAAGCCUGCAGAGGACUGAUGAUCUCUGCUGUCUGCCUGGGCUUCUUCGGUGCCAUUUUUGGACUGGUUGGGAUGAAGUGUACAAAAGUCGGAGGCUCCGAUCAGACUAAAGCAAAAAUAGCUUGUUUAGCUGGACUGAUCUUCAUACUCUCUGGGUUGUGCUCUAUGACUAGUUGUUCCCUGUAUGCAAACAGGAUUACGUCUGAGUUCUUUGAUCCUUCUUUUGUUGCACAAAAGUAUGAAUUAGGAGCAGCUUUGUUCAUUGGAUGGGCUGGAGCUUCACUCUGCAUAAUUGGUGGCAGUAUAUUCUGCUUCUCAAUAGCUGAAAACAGUAAUUCUCGAAGGAGGGGGUAUGCAUAUAAUGGAGCCACAUCUGUGAUGUCUUCUCGUACAAAGGUCCACAACAGCGUCCCAGACAAAACCACACCAAAGCACUUUGACAAGAAUGCUUAUGUUUAAUGGUACUGUUGGAAGAUUCAAAGCGUUUUAAAAAUGAGUUUGUAUGUUUCAUUCAGAGUGAUUUCCCCCCCAACCCCAAUGUACUUACCACUAAGACAAUGACUUUUUAAAACAUUAAAUUGCAGCUUUUUACAUAUUGAUGUAAAUUUUAUUAUAUAAUAUUUUAAGAUUGAUGUUGGUAUUGUAAAGUUUAUACCUGGAAAUCAUGAACUGAUGUUGCUUUCUUGAAAAAAAUAAAUGAGGUAUUUAACAA